UUGCUUUUCAAAUCAAACGGUAAAUUCUGGCGGCGCCAAGUAGGCAUUGACUCCAAUUUCGCAUCGAUUACGAGACUGUCUACGUUUGUCUACAGUUUCACCAGCUCAUUCAGCGUGCUAACACGCUCGACAAAUUCUCGUGCUCGCCUUUCGUUAGGGGGCGAUCAAAAUUUUUGAAAAAUUUAGUGAAGUGAAUUUCCAUCCAAAAAAACCAGCACACGCAUACAAAAGGGCAAAGUUUUACAUAUUUCAUCGCAGCAGCAACACCUAAACUUUUAAAGGAAAAACAAAAACUCGACAAAAAUGAGUAAGGCGGAUUCUAACUCACGACAGGGCUCCUACAAGGCCAACAGCAUUAACACGCAGGACUCGCGCAUGCGCCGCCAUGAGGUGACCAUCGAGCUGCGCAAGUCCAAGAAGGAGGACCAGAUGUUCAAGCGGCGCAACAUCAACGACGAGGAUCUAACGUCGCCGCUCAAAGAGCUCAAUGGCCAGUCGCCGGUGCAGCUGUCCGUGGACGAGAUAGUGGCGGCCAUGAACAGCGAGGAUCAGGAGCGCCAGUUCCUGGGCAUGCAGUCUGCCCGCAAGAUGCUCAGUCGGGAGCGCAAUCCACCCAUCGACCUGAUGAUCGGCCAUGGCAUUGUGCCCAUUUGCAUACGCUUCCUGCAGAAUACCAACAACUCAAUGCUGCAGUUCGAGGCCGCCUGGGCGCUUACCAACAUCGCCUCUGGCACCUCCGACCAAACGCGCUGCGUUAUCGAACACAAUGCUGUGCCGCAUUUCGUGGCUCUGCUCCAGUCCAAGUCCAUCAACCUGGCCGAGCAGGCAGUCUGGGCUCUGGGCAACAUUGCCGGCGACGGAGCCGCCGCUCGCGACAUUGUCAUCCACCACAACGUAAUUGACGGAAUCUUGCCACUGAUCAACAAUGAGACACCGCUCUCUUUUCUGCGUAACAUCGUCUGGCUGAUGUCCAACCUGUGCAGGAAUAAGAAUCCAUCGCCGCCAUUCGAGCAGGUGAAGCGGCUGUUGCCCGUUCUUUCGCAACUUCUGCUUAGUCAGGACAUCCAGGUGCUGGCCGAUGCCUGCUGGGCUUUGUCCUACGUCACGGACGACGAUAACACCAAGAUUCAGGCUGUGGUCGACUCCGACGCAGUGCCGCGCCUGGUCAAACUGCUGCAAAUGGAUGAGCCGAGCAUUAUUGUGCCCGCCCUGCGCAGCGUUGGUAACAUUGUGACUGGCACAGAUCAACAGACUGACGUUGUAAUUGCAUCUGGAGGUUUACCUAGGCUGGGACUUCUUCUACAACACAACAAAAGCAACAUUGUGAAGGAGGCUGCCUGGACGGUCAGCAACAUCACGGCAGGUAACCAGAAGCAGAUCCAGGCUGUGAUUCAGGCCGGCAUUUUCCAGCAGCUGCGCACCGUGCUGGAGAAGGGUGAUUUCAAGGCACAAAAAGAGGCUGCCUGGGCGGUAACAAACACCACGACCUCUGGCACUCCCGAACAGAUCGUGGAUCUAAUUGAGAAGUACAAAAUAUUGAAGCCUUUUAUCGAUUUGCUGGACGCAAAGGAUCCGCGUACCAUCAAGGUGGUGCAGACGGGCCUAUCCAAUCUGUUUGCCCUGGCGGAGAAACUUGGUGGCACCGAGAACCUAUGCUUGAUGGUCGAGGAGAUGGGCGGUCUAGACAAGCUGGAAACUCUGCAGCAGCACGAGAACGAGGAGGUCUACAAGAAGGCCUACGCCAUCAUCGACACUUACUUCAGCAACGCCGACGACGAGGCCGAGCAAGAGCUCGCACCUCAGGAGGUCAACGGAGCCCUCGAGUUCAAUGCCACCCAGCCCAAGGCUCCCGAGGGUGGCUACACGUUCUAGAGUAAUCGCCCACCCCCCCACACAUUCCAAACGCCGUUCACACGCCUUACAAACUACACCUCUACUUGAAACCUUCGACCGCGCUUU